AAGGAAGCAGGUUGUUCCGGUGAGCCUCUUGCACAUGCGUUGGAUAGUUGUGGAGCUGCAGAUAUUCCCUGGAGAACUGGACCCGAACUAGAGCCCAACUCAAGAGGUGUCAGAAUGUCUGCAGAGAGCUCAGCUGAGGGGGAACCAUCCCAAAACCGGCCCCCGUCCCAGCAGGGGUCCAGUUCGUCCAGCGGUCCUGCCUCUGCCAGCCAGUCGUCCAGCGGCUCGGGGACGCUGAGCAGCGUGGACACGCUCCCCGUCACGCUGCCGUCUGUCCCGGAGGAGGCGGAGCUUCAGCCCUGGGGCCGGCUGCUCCCCAUGGCCCCGGGUUUCCGGAGCCACGACUGUGUGGAGGACCGGUACCUGUUCGGACGGGACACCGCCUGCGACUAUGUCCUGGACGACCCGGAGGACAGGAAGUCCAAGAGGUUCAGGAUCUACAGCAAGAAGCACUUCAGGAUCUACAGGGAGGGAUCGGAGGUCUUCGUGGAGGACUACAGUAACAACGGGACGUUUGUGGACGGGGUGAAGGUCGGUCAGAACAAGAAGCUGCCUCUAACGAAUAACGCCGUCCUUUCUCUGGCUGAGCAGCGCAACCGAGUGUUUGUCUUCAUCGACCUGAUGUCCGAUGAUCAGUCCAGUUUACUCAGAGCUCUGCAGGACAAAUACGUGCUGACCCGCCGGAUCGGAACGGGUGUGUGCGGCGAGGUGCGGCUGGCCUUCGAACGCUCCACCUGCAGGAAGUUUGCAGUUAAGAUCAUCAACAAGAAGAACUUCCAGUCUGAGGGGACUGCGACACGGAACGCAGAGACGGAGAUUGAGAUCCUGCAGAGGGUCGAUCAUCCGUGUCUCAUAAAGACGGAGGACUUCUACCAGACGGAGGACAGCUACUAUAUCGUCCUGGAGCUCAUGGAGGGCGGUGAGCUCUUCCACAGAGUGAAGUCUCAGCAGCAGCUCGAUGAAGGCGUGGCCAAGCUUUACUUCUAUCAAAUGCUCUGCGCCGUGCAGUACCUCCACAGGAACGGGAUCAUCCACAGAGAUCUGAAGCCAGAGAACGUCCUCCUGUCCUCCAGUGAGGACGAAUGUCUCAUCAAGGUGACAGAUUUCAACCAGUCAAGGAUCCUGGAGGAGGCGGCCCUGAUGCGGACGCUGUGUGGGACUCCAUCCUACCUGGCCCCUGAGGUCUUCACCCACGCCUCCAGCACCGGUUACGGGCUGGCGGUGGACGCCUGGAGCCUGGGUGUGCUUCUGUUUGUCUGCCUCAGUGGCUACGCACCAUUCCACGAGAGCUUCGGCGAGCGCUCAGUGACGGAGCAGAUCAUCCACGGGGAAUUCACCAUGGUCCCGUCCAAGUGGAGGCGUGUCUCCAACCAAGCCAAAGACGUGGUGAGGAAGCUGCUGGUGGUCGACCCCAAGCUGAGGAUGACUGUGGAUGAAGCUCUGCAGCACCCCUGGCUGCAGGACCAGCCAAUGCUGCAGACGGCUCACAGGCUCAUGAAGCCAGCAGGAGGAGGAGGAGAUGCUGCUGAUGCUCCAUCUGCUGCUGUUUCUACGGUAACCACACACGACCACACACCUUCAUGCAACACGAAGCCCAGCCCUUACGGCAGCCCGGCUCCCCCUGCAGGAGGCGGAGCCAUCCUCAGCAGGAAGUUUAAAUCGGAAACGAGGAAGAGGAGAGGAGGAAGAGGAGCAUCUUCAUCACCCUGCAAAGAGGAAGUUCUAGUGCUGUCGAACCGGUCCGGUUCUGGUUCCGGAGCAAUAAACAGAACCAGAAAAAUCCAUCUGCAGUGUUUUUGUUUAAAACAUUUAAUGAUUGAAGAAAACCGAGAUCAGAACCAAGAAGGGUCUGAACUGAUUGGAUCUGGUUCUGAGGAUUGGUCCGGUCCGGUCCGGUUCUCAGAACCAGAGACUAAAACAUUUAAUCCUGUUUAUCUAUAAUUUAAUCUAAAUUAUUUCUAUUCAAACCUUAAAAUGAUCAAAGAAGCUA